UACUCUUUCCACAGAAUCAUUCCUCCAAAAGCUGCAAAUAGAAAUUAUAAACCUCAACACAAAACCUACAAGGAGUAGGUUUCUUUUCUUGAAUACACCAGGAGGUUUCAUCCAAACUGCUGUAUAGUCAAACUCACUGAAGUGACCAUCAGUGCUUAUUUUGUCAGUUUCAUUUUCAGCAAAAUGGUAAUCUUGCCAUGGAGUUGCACAUGCUCUUGAACACACAGACACACACAGAUCAGAUACCUGACGGGAGAGGACUUUCUCAGGAUGAUGAAGAUGUCAGAAAGGGCCACAAGUUGCUUUGUAGCUGUAAUCUUCGCCCUGACCUCUGUGUCAGCUGUUCAAAGGCUCAAUUCAAUCAAUGAUUUGAAGAAGAUCAACUUUGGCCAAGCUGUCCCCAAGCACAGUCUUAUUCUGCUCUACUGGUUUGCCAACACAGUUGACAUCGACAAUAACAAUAUCAUACAGCUGACCUUUGACCCAAACAGAGGAGAUUAUGGCUCACAUCAUUAUGGCAACUUUGAGGGGCUGUUGGACCCACUGCCGCGGGGAAAUGGAUACCGGUACUACACUAUUGGCAAUGUUCAUCAAGAAACGUCAAUUCCACUCCCACCUUAUGUCGUCCGUCCCCACAGGGACUACACGGGAAGAAACAGGGACCGGAUCAUCAUUCGUGUCAGCGAGCAGAACACAGGACGGAGAGCUUUGCUGAGGAUAGACCAAGUGUAUAUCACACAGCAUUAUGACACCUCUGAGGGUCAGGGGACACCUUAUGAUCCAGAACACACCUACAGGAUCAGUAUUAACCUCGUGACACAGAUCCGAGAGUUUUCUUUGGGACAAAACCAACAGCAACUGUUGCAACUCAGAAACCGCUAUGGAAGUAACGCUGAUGUUUCCCACAUCAGAAACACAUGGGGUGAGAUUGCUUGCCUUGGACUGCUGUUGUUUAUUGUGAUCCAGGAAAAACACUCUGCUAACCAACACAACAACAGACCAGCAAACAACUACAGACAACAAAACAACAACAGACACGAUCACAGAAGAAAUCCGCGGGCUGAUGAUGCUUCGGAGAAUGAUAGAAACAUUCAUAGAGAUUAUCGAAACCAAGGUGUGGUUGUUGUGGACUUGAACGACUACGAUGACCACAGAGAAUCAGAAAGUGAAAACACCUCAGUACCCCGGAGCAAAAUCAAGAGGAUCUGUUGUAUUUGUGGUAUCACCUCCAUAUGUCUAAUCUUAUUGGUUAUUAUAUUAUAUUUUUCUCUAAGACAAGAUACAACUUUAUUUCAGUUCAGUCAAGAUUGAGAUACAGGCUCAGGAUAAAAUGUUUGUAGGGAAAGGUCGAAUACUUUAAAUUACAGAUUUAAAAUGUGUGCUAUUAAGGGCUGAGAGUCUUGAGACAUUUUGAAUUUUAUAGCUUUAUUUACAAAACUGCAGUUUGUUAAUAAAAGCAUACAUUCUCCGUGAUUACAAAAUUAUUUGAACUGAGCCAAAUUACUUGGUGAUCCAUGGUCAUAAAACUUUGGGCUUUGUGUCUGACAAAGCACUGCCAAAGUUGUGUGAUGUUGUAUGUUGAUUGUCAUCUCAGAUGCUGAGAUCGCUACUGGUUA